UGAAGAGAGCAGGAGGGUUCACGUAGCAGGAGGUUGAGCUCUGGUGGAGAGACAGACUCAGCACUUCUGCUAAGCCUCUCAUAACCCACUGAUCGUCCCGUCUCUUUUUACCUCAUAUCUUGCGACUCUGUACACUACUCUGUACGCUACUGUUGACUACUGUUUAUUACAAUUUGACCUUCUUUUCGGUUUCCUUCUUUUCUUUCUUUAACACGGCAUGCGAGGUCACCGGCCAUGAUCUCCUUGCGCAGUCCCUCACGGCGCUGGAUCCUCGUCGUUUCCCCGAUCCUGAGUGUGCUUGUCCUCUACUAUCUUCUGAUAAAUGAUCCCAGCUCGUAUAUUUCCCAUUAUCGCGGUUUCAUCUUCAGCUCCGAUUCCCACAAAGCCAGCCAUGGGAACCACAGUACCAACGCUACCCGUCUAGAGACGACGACGACGACAACGGUGAGGCCCGCACCUGCCGCUUCAGAACCGCCGGUGGUGGUUGCAGCGGAGACUCAGACUCAGGCGUCGGGCUGCCCAUCAUUGCCCGGGCUGGAGGACGUGCUCGUCAUCAUGAAGACGGGCGUCACGGAAGCCUUGGAGAAGGUCCCCGUUCACAUCCGCACCACCCUCCGCUGCGUGCCGCACUACACCAUUUUCUCCGACUUUGAAGAAGACAUCGAGGGGGUGCGCACGGUCGAUGUCCUCCGUAGCGUGAGUAAGGCGACCAAGGAAACCGACGCGGACUUUGCCAUCUACAACCGUGUCCUGCAGCAUGGUCGACCCGGCUUGAUCGAAGACGAUCUCCACGACGAGGCCAACAGUGCCUUUGGGAAGCCCGGGAACCCUGGUUGGAAGCUGGACAAGUGGAAGUUCCUCCCCAUGAUCGAUGAGGCCCUGCAGGCCCGCCCGGAGGCCAAAUGGUAUGUCUUCGUCGAGGCGGACACGUACAUGGUGUGGCCGAAUCUGGUCGGCUGGUUGAACGAGCUGGAUCCCUCCAAGCCCUUCUUCUUGGGGAACCAGAUGCAGAUUGCGGAUAUCACCUUUGCCUACGGGGGUUCCGGCAUCAUCAUAUCAAACCCGGCGAUGCGUAAACUCUCGCAAUACCGCACAGACCGCCUGGAGGAGCUGGAAAGGUACACCGCCGCCAGCUGGGCUGGAGACUGCGUCCUGGGAAAGACAAUGCGAGAUGCCGGCGUGCCGCUGAACUGGGCCUGGCCCAUGCUGCAGUCGGGCCACAUGUGGGAGCUUGAUGCCUUGGGCGAAGCCUACGGCCGCAAACCCUGGUGUUACCCGGUGGUCUCUUUCCAUCACAUGAAGCCGGAAGAUAUCGAAACAAUGUGGCUUUUUGACCAGAAAUGGUUUCAAAAUGGUCAUUCGCUGCUUCUGCAUAGCGAUGUAUACCACCACAUUAUUCGCAACGAGACGCUCGCCGAUCGAGACGACUGGAACAAUCUGUCUGCCGACAAGGUCAGCACGGACGAUGGUGAGGUCAGCAUGAACUCCGCAGCGGAAUGUGCGGCUCGCUGCGCCGACGACCGGAACUGUCUGCAGUACUCGUACGAGAACGGGAACUGUCUGACGUCGCGGAGUGCCCUCCGCGGGUCUCCGCAUGCUGGAACGCGCUCGGGAUGGAUGCAGGAGCGGAUCGAUGCGGCUGUCCAAACCGCAGGCGUGUGCCCCAAGGCCGCGUAUGUGACGUUUUAGCUUUAGGUACUGAUAAGUCUGCUGGCGGACGUAUAUAUGUAUAAUGUAACAUACAAAUUCCUUGCUAUCUCAUUACAUCAGUCUUCACCAAGAGUAUGCAGAGAUGAGAAAUAACUCCGUCAGACUACGUAAGAGUGAAC